GUUAGCACCGUAGGCACCCCAAAAUUUAACAAACCCUACAAAAACCCUGAAGCUCUUCUUCCCCCAAAACCUCCAAUGUCGUCUUCUCCUUUUCUUCUCCUUCAAGCUAAUAAUCCAAACUGUUAAUUUCACUUCGCUUCAUGCAUUCAUAUCUCUGCAUAAGCUCUAUCGACCUUCACGAAUAAGCAACUAUAUUUUAUUUUCUUAAAAAUGGCUAAAAAUUGCGCAUCUGGGAUUUUAGCUGGUCUAGCGUAUGUUACUUUCGGAAUUGAUCAUGCUUAUGCGGAUGGGUCGUUCAAUUUUUCUCCAUUCUCUAGUGCUUCUUCGGCGGCGCCUCAGCAGGCUACUCCGGAGCCGGCGAUGGCUCCAACUCAGCCGGCAGUGGCCGAGCCACCUCGAGUUCGUAAUGAUAAUCCAAGGACGACGUCUGCUGGGUUCGACCCUGAGGCUUUGGAGAGGGGUGUCAAGGCUUUGAAGGAGAUUACUAGUUCUUCACAUGCUAAGAAGGUGUUUGAAGCGAUGAAGAAGCAAGAAGAAACUAAACAGCAAGAAUUAACAUGUAAAGCGGUGGAAUUUAAAGCAAUGCAGGCUCAGGCUGAAGCUAUAUAUGACCUCAAUAUGGGAGUUCAUCCAUUUCAUCAGUUCAAUGCUAAGCUAGUCGCUAUUAACAGCAGUUUUUCUGCUUUAAUCUCAUUCUGGUCAACAAUUUCUCAUUUAAGCAUUCAUUUACGAGAAUUUGCUUUAGGAUCAAUAAAUUGGAGCUCAGGGAAAAUAAUUGUGGUAGUUCCAUUCACAAAUUUGAGAUUUUCAUCAUCUUCUAUCCACGAGUUCAAAGAUGCCACUUUUAUGGAUGAGAGGCAGAGGGUAGUCUAUGACGAACAGAAAAAGCUAGCUCAGCAACAAGCACAGAUAAAAUCACAGAUGGCUAAGUAUGAAGAUGAGCUGGCAAGAAAAAGAAUGCAGGCUGAGAAUGAGCAUCAAAGAGCGAGAAAUCAAGAACUUGUGAAAAUGCAAGAGGAGUCGUCUAUGAGGCAAGAGGUAGCCAGACGAGCCACAGAAGAGCAAAUUCAAGCACAACGUCUGCAGACUGAAAGGGAGAAGGCCGAGAUAGAACGUGAGACUAUAAAAGUUAGGGCUAUGGCGGAAGCCGAGGGUAGGGCCCACGAAUCAAAGCUGGCAGAAGAUGUCAACAGGAGAAUGCUCAUUGAACGUGCAAAUGCGGAGCGUGAGAAGUGGGUUGCCGCUAUCAACACAACUUUCGAUCAAAUUGGAGGAGGUUUGCAAGCUAUUUUAACAGAUCAGAAUAGAUUGGUUGUAGCUGUUGGAGGAGUAACAGCUUUAGCAGCAGGGGUGUACACGACAAGAGAAGGUGCUAGGGUGAUUUGGAGUUAUGUGGACCGAAUAUUAGGACAACCUUCUCUGAUUCGAGAAUCUUCUCGAGGGAAGUACCCGUGGUCUGGGCUAUUCUCCCGUGGCUUGAGCACAUUUUCCUUGCGUGGGGCCAAUAGAAGUUCAGGCUCUCAGAAUGGAAACAGUUUUGGUGAUGUCAUUUUACACCCUUCUCUCCAGAAGCGGAUUGAACAGCUGGCGAGUGCAACAGCAAAUACAAAAGCACAUCAGGCACCAUUCAGAAACAUGCUCUUUUACGGGCCACCAGGAACAGGGAAAACAAUGGCUGCUAGAGAGCUUGCCCGUAAAUCUGGUCUUGAUUAUGCACUGAUGACGGGAGGUGAUGUUGCGCCACUGGGUUCUCAGGCUGUCACGAAGAUACACCAGCUGUUUGAUUGGGCCAAGAAGUCCAACAGGGGUUUGUUGCUCUUCAUUGAUGAAGCAGAUGCAUUCUUGUGCGAGAGGAAUAAAACCUAUAUGAGCGAAGCCCAAAGGAGUGCACUAAACGCACUCUUAUUCCGCACGGGUGACCAGUCGAAAGACAUAGUCCUUGCCUUAGCUACAAACCGGCCUAGUGAUCUUGAUUCGGCCAUUGCUGACCGUAUAGACGAGGUUUUAGAAUUCCCUUUGCCCGGUGAAGAAGAACGCUUGAAGCUACUCAAACUUUAUCUGAACAAGUACAUUGCGCAAGCUGGGGCAAGAAAACCUGGCUUAUUUGCCCAUCUCUUCAAGAAACGGCAGAAGAAGAUAGAGAUCAAGGGACUUAAUGAUGAUGUCAUCAAGGAAGCUGCUGCCAAGACAGAGGGUUUUUCCGGAAGAGAGAUUGCGAAGCUGAUGGCAGGUGUUCAGGCAGCUGUUUAUGGCAGUCGAGAUUGCAUUUUGGAUGCUAAUUUGUUCCGUCAAGUGGUUGAUUAUAAGGUUGCCGAGCAUCAGCAGAGAAAGAAACUUGCUUUGGCUCAAGGAUAAGUCGCAUGAUAAUUAGGUUUUUGUUUUUUUGUAAUUUUUUUGGGAAGGAAGUUAGAGAGAGAGUGGAAUUUUCAGAAUUAUUCUCUCGGGCUGAGAAUUUUGGUUUCUGGGACAAUGCCGUCAUUAGUUUUACCUGACAAGUGAGAAAAAUUUUGGUGUAGCAUACGUAUUUGACUUGCCAUAACCAUGAGAUGUUGAUAGAUUACGGAUAUAUUUAUUCCAACUCAUUGUCAUUGAUGAC